CUCCCUCCAGUCCAGGGCAGAAUUCAAAAACACAAUUCUGAUAAAAAAAAAAAAAAAAAAAAAAAGGUUUUUAAGAAGUUUGGUCAACUGAGAAUGAAUUACCUCAACGGGGUUGCCAUAGCAACUGGUUGCCACUAGCGACGAGACACCGCUCGCUCGGAACAUCUCGAUGCUAAUAGAGGGGUGUGGGAGGUGAGAGAGAGAGCGAGAGAGCCUAUAAAUUGAGAACAAGGAGAGAUUUGGUAAAAAGAAGUGUCUUGGAAAAAGAGCUGGGUCACGGUUUUUAAGCUGAGCGAAAGUAGGAAAAGUGUUUGUUGUUUUGCUUGAGUGGCAUUUACAAGUGAGUGGACUGUGGACUGACAGAGUCGCAGUGCGUGUGGAUCUGUGUGUUUGACACACCUCAGUUUCUUGUUUCUCACAGUAACGGGUGGACCCGCGCCAGCCAGAGCCCUGACAAAAGAUGGCCGCCUGACCCACGGCAGUGCCCCCAGCCCAGAUGGCGGACGACGUCCUGAGCAGCACAACGUCGGCGUCCGGCUCUGCCCUCCCUGUGACCUCGUCGAUGACGCUGGAGCAGAAGGCGGCCUUCGUCUUCGUCUUCUUCCUCUUCCUCUUCCUGGGGCUGCUCAUCGUUCGGUGUUUCCGGAUCCUGCUGGACCCUUACCGCAGCAUGCCGUCCACCACGUGGACCGACUACAUGGACAAAGACACCUUCGACUACCGGAUCGCGUGAGGGACAAAAAGAACCGGGGCUCCUGUCAACCGUUCCGUCUUGACGGUUCAAAUCAACCGCUUUUGUGAACUUCAGACUCUGAGACCUAGCUAGCUAUUUAUUUAUAUUUAUUUGGGAUUGUACCUGUCUGGCCGUUGUUUGCGCUGGUCACAGCCUACAACUCUGGCUCAAAGUUUUGCAUCAUCCCCCCUAUAGAAUGAACUAAUUUUCCUUCAUAAAGUCGAAUGAAACCUGCUGAAUAAUGU